AAAAGCAAUAUGCACUGAAUAUUUUUCCCAAAAUAGGUGCAUAGGCACGUGCAUUUCAACGUGCAUUUAAAAAAAAAACACCCCAUAAUAAAUGAAUACAGACCGAGCAGUAUUUGUAUGGAGUCGCGUAUAUAUUCCGUGAUAUUAACGCGUAUUAAUAAUAAACGCUUCCAGAGCUUUUCAGGAGGCUGUGGAGCAGUUCAGCAGUGUAAUCACCCUGUGAAGAACUUCCCUCCUCCUCCUCCUCAUCCUCUGCGCGCGGAUUGGCUGAGGAGAUCUUUAGUGUGCGGUAUAAAGGAACUUCGAGGAGCACAACAUGAAACUGCGACUCAAAAACGGAGGAAAAAAAUAAUAUCGUUGCUGCACACAACACGACUAGAACAGUGCAUGGAAACGUUUUCAUUUCAUUUUUUCUUUCUAUAUCCAGCAGGGGAUUUGCAGCUCGGAUAGACCCCCAUGACCGAGUUUUGGUUUGGUUUUUUUUAGAUGAAGGUCUAAAAGUUUCUAAUGGGACGUUUGCACGUUCUGGGAUGUGCACCAUGGAGCCUGCACGCCAGUAAGUAGGUUAUUAAAAAAGAGGAAAAAAGAACACUUAAUUGUUGUAAAGAAAAAUGCUUUUCUUGGUAUCAGUUCUUGAUUUUGUGAUGGACAGAUAAAUUUAUUUCACCGACCCAGGAAGAACGAGUGUUGCUCGACUUCUUUUUUUUUCCCACGCCAAGUCAAUGCUCAGUGCAGAAAAUUGGUGCGACCUGAAAGAGUGAGGAAGAAAAGAGAAAAAAAAGAGGAAGGGAAAAAAAGAAGAUAAAAAACAUUAACAAAAUAGCAAAAGCGAGCUUCGUUUUUGCAGGACGUUAUCAUGAGUUUGGUCGGGGGUUUUCCUCACCACCCGGUCGUGCACCAUGACGGCUACACGUCCUCGUUCGCGGCGGCGGCGGCGGCCGCGGCGGCUGCAAGCCGCUGCCACGAGGAGAGCCCGUACUUCCACGGCUGGCUGAUCGGGCACGCGGACAUGUCCCCGCCGGCGGACUACGGCAUGGCGCCUUCGUCCUACAGCCCCGAGUACGCCGCGAACAACGCCGCCGGAGGCGUGUGCGCGCCCGGUCCUGGCUUGGAGCACGGCCCCUAUGGAGCGGGCGGCGCAGGAGGACUCGUCCCGGGCAUGAUGGUGGUGCCGCGCACCGUGAAGCGGAGGCCCACGGCGAACCGCAAGGAGAGACGCCGGACGCAGAGCAUCAACAGCGCGUUCGCCGAGCUGCGCGAGUGCAUCCCGAACGUGCCCGCGGACACCAAGCUGUCCAAGAUCAAAACGCUGCGCCUCGCCACCAGCUACAUCGCCUACCUCAUGGACAUCCUAGACAAGCACGAGCAGCACGGCGGCGGCGAGACGGAGGCCUUCAAGGCCGAGUUCAGGAAGGCGGACUCCAAGGAGGAGAGGAGGAAGAAAGAAACGAAUGAAGUUUUGAAAUGUUCAGGGAGCAGCAAUGACAAGAAACCCAAAGGGAGAACUGGUUGGCCGCAACACGUCUGGGCUUUGGAACUGAAACAGUGAACUUAAAACAGAAACCCUUUUGCAUUGAGGCCUUUCGUUUUCAUGUUGUUAUUUUUUUUUUAACACUAACUUUAUUUAAUGGAAUAUUUAUGUGCAAUUUCUACGGACAGUGGAUCCUUGAAGAAGAAAAAAAAAAGAACACCCAAAAAAACAUUCCAUUUUUAAAAGGAGGAUGCCCCUCUUGGUAAGGGAUUGUGUUGUUGUUGUUGUUGUUGUUGUUGUUGUUGGUAUUGUUGUCUAGUUCGUGGUGAGUGUCUGCCACUAAAGUCAAAGUGUAGGUCUGUUUUUCUUUCUCGGAAAAUAUAUUACAUAAGAGCUCAAGGAACUCGAGGAAAUUUGGAGAAAGAAAGCAAAAAAAAAUUCAUGAAGUGUUAUAUUGUGAUGUUUUGUUGUGGUCGUAUAUAUAUAGGAAUCUCUCUGGUCGUGUUUGAAACCUAAUGUUGAGUCCACUCAAGUGCACUUCCCUCCAGACACCAGAAGUUUAUUACAAAAAAAUUUUAAAUAAUAAAUAAAUAAUAAAUAUCUGAAGAUGUAAACGAUGUAAUUAAUUCAAUAAACCACUGUGUUUUAAAUGAGA